AUGCCGUCCAAUGCCGAGCUGCGGCGCUGGAUCAGCGACAACAGCAUGCGGUUCUUUGGACUCUCGCAAUCGUCCAUCAUCGAUUUCAUUCAAGUGUCUGCCUCUUCAGCAUCAACCCCCACCGACCUCUUUCAAAGCCUCAUCUCGCUCGGCCUUCCCUCCACCGAUGAGGCGCGCACCUUUGCCAACGAACUCUACGCACGAGUGCCUCGAGCCAGUCAAAGCAACCCCCGACCCGCCAGUUCGACUCCGCCUUCGACCAAGGAUGUAAAAGGAGAUGCGAAGAGCGGCCAGAAGCGCUACGGUCUGCUUUUGGACGAAGAGAAUGGCGAAGAGGAGCUUUCCAUCAAGCCCGAAAAGAAGAAGAAGAAAAAGAGGGACGCCGGCUCGCGAGACGCGGAACGUCAACCCGACUCCCCACCUGCGACGCGACGCUCUCGAUCUCCCAGUCCACGCCGCCAUGCAUCUGCAUCCGAAUCGGACCAAGACUCGAGAGAGCGUGCGCGACUCAAGGACCUCGCGGAGCGCGACGAGUUCGCUCGACGCAUUCGCGACAAGGACAAGGGCAGCACGCGCAACGUGGUCGAAGACCGCACCUCUGCGCGCCUCAACCCCGAAGCAGCCGCGCGGCGUCUGCUGGCCGAAGACGACGACGCGCGUUCCGCAGCCAUGCCCAGUCUCCGCGACCGAUCUAGGCAAGAAUACCUCGCCAAGCGUGCGCAGCAACGCAUGGAGCUGCUGCGCCUCGAAAUCCAGGACGAAGAGCGCUUCUUCCGCGGACUCAAGAUGACCAAGCGCGAGGAGCGAGACCUCGAGUACAAGAAGGAGGUGCUUCGUCUUGCGGAGGAACGAGCUCGCAUCGAUGACGGCGAUGCCGGCUAUGCGAUGCCCGAAGACUAUAUCACCGAGAAAGGCAAGCUUGAUGUGGCCAAAAAGGAGCAAGCGCUGUACCAGCGCUACAACGAUGCACGCUCCGAACGGCUCGCCCAGCAGACGCACGUCACGGACGCCGAGCAGUUUGAGAAGGAGCAAAUCGACCGUUCGCGCUACGUCCCCGAACCAGCCAACGAAGCGUCCAAGGAGCUCGUCGAACAGUAUGAUUAUGUCUUUGACGAAAGCCAGACGAUCCAGUUUGUCGUCGAAUCGCAAAUGGCCGGCACGUCGUCCCACGCGACGAGUGCUAGGGAUAAGCUGCUGCAGCAACAGAUUGACGAGGCAGAGUCCAAAGCCGCCCAGAUCCAGGCUACGCGCGAAUCGCUGCCCGUCUACGCGCUGCGACAGGAACUGCUCGAUGCCAUCGACGAGUAUCAGGUGCUCAUCGUCGUCGGCGAGACCGGUUCCGGCAAGACGACGCAGUUACCACAGUUCCUGCACGAAGCUGGAUACACUAAGAACGGAAAGAAGGUCGGAUGCACCCAACCGCGUCGCGUCGCCGCCAUGAGCGUCGCAGCCCGUGUCGCCGAAGAGAUGGGCGUGCGUCUCGGCCGCGAGUGCGGCUACAGCAUUCGUUUCGAGGACUGCACCUCGGACGACACGGUGAUCAAAUACAUGACCGAUGGUAUGCUGCUUCGUGAGUUUCUCACCGAGCCGGACUUGAACUCGUACUCUGCACUCAUCAUCGACGAGGCGCACGAACGAACUUUGAGUACAGAUGUGCUUUUCGGGCUGGUGAAGGACAUUGCACGCUUCAGACCGGACCUCAAGCUGCUCAUCUCGAGUGCUACGCUCGACGCCGAAAAGUUCUCCGAGUUCUUCGACGAUGCGCCCAUCUUCAACGUGCCUGGACGCAGAUACCCCGUCGACAUUCACUACACUCCGCAGCCCGAAGCCAAUUACCUGCAUGCAGCCAUUACGACCAUUUUCCAGAUUCAUACGACCCAGCCGCGCGGCGACAUUCUCGUCUUUUUGACGGGCCAAGACGAGAUCGAUGCGGCCAUGGAGAACCUGCAAGAGACGAGUCGGGCGUUGGGCAACAAGAUCGCCGAGCUCCUUGUUUGUCCCAUCUACGCCAAUUUGCCGAGCGAGAUGCAGGCCAAGAUAUUCGAGCCCACGCCGGAAGGUGCGAGGAAGGUGGUUUUGGCUACCAACAUUGCCGAGACGAGCAUCACGAUUGACGGGGUGGUGUUUGUGAUCGAUCCCGGAUUCGUCAAGCAAAACUCGUACAAUCCGCGAACGGGCAUGUCGUCGCUGACCGUGGUGCCAUGUUCGCGCGCCUCGGCGAAUCAGCGCGCAGGUCGAGCGGGACGUGUUGGCCCAGGUAAGUGUUUCAGGUUGUUUACCAAGUGGGCCUUUCGAAACGAGAUGGACGAAAACACGACACCGGAGAUUCAGCGCACCAAUUUGGCCAAUGUGGUUCUGCUGCUCAAGUCGCUCGGGAUCAACGAUCUGCUCCACUUUGAUUUCCUCGAUCCGCCGCCGUCGGAUACGCUGAGGCGGUCGUUUGAGCUGCUCUACGCGUUGGGAGCGCUCAACGACAAGGGCGAGCUGACCAAGUUGGGACGCAGGAUGGCCGAGUUUCCGGUGGAUCCGCAGCUGUCGAAAGCGAUCCUGGCGUCCGAGACGUACAAGUGCACCGACGAGGUCCUUUCGAUUGUAUCGAUGCUGUCCGAGUCGUCGGCGCUGUUCUUCCGGCCGAAGGACAAGAAGAUGCACGCUGACCGCGCGCGUGCAGCGUUCGUACGCACGGGUGGAGACCACUUUACGCUGCUCAAUGUGUGGGAGCAGUGGGUGCAGAGCAACUACGACCACCAGUUUUGCAUCGACAACUUUGUGCAGCCCAAGGUGCUGGCGCGCGUGCGUGAUGUGCGUGAUCAGCUGGCUCAGCUGUGCGAACGCGUCGAGCUGACUCCCGAAAGCAAUGCGGAUCCGUCGGACAUCUCGGGGAUUCAGCGGUCCGUCCUGGCGGGCUACUUUAUGAACACGGCGCGCAUUCAGAAGGGCGGCGAGGCGUAUCGUGCCAUCAAGCAGAACACGACAAUCCACAUUCACCCGUCGAGCUGUCUGUACAAGCAGAUCCCGCAGGCGCCCUUUUUGUGCUACUUUGAGCUGGUCGAGACGAGCAAGAACUUCAUGCGCCAAGUGAUGCAGAUCAAGUCCGAGUGGUUGCUGGAGGUGGCGAAGCAUUAUUUCACCAAGGAAGACGUUCAGGAUGAGGGCAAGAGGAAGGUGUAUAAGGGUCAGACGGCGAGUGCAGCUGCUCUGGCACCUGGAGCGAGGGGAUGA